AUGAUUUCGCUUGAUCGUGCUGUUGCAGUGCUGAUUGCAGCGGUGCUGCUGCAAGCCCUUCUACGCCUUCGCAGUACUGCUGAGGUGUGGCGAAGCAAUGUGACAGCCGAGCUUUCCAUGGCAGCUUCCCUGCUCGAGAUGGGAGGGGGCCAGGCCUCGGAGUCCUCGGAGCCUUUGCUGCCCUCCGCGCUGCGAACCUUAGCCGAUCGCAAGGAACUGGUCGAAGGACAGAUCGCCGAAUACGACGGGAUGCCCUGGUUUCAGCGUGCUCUCUUCGACACCUCGGCUUUUCAGGCCCACGCGGAUUGGCUGAAGGAGUGGAGACAGGAGUGGGCUGCGAAGAUCCGGCCCAGCUCCGGACCGCGGAUCGCGGCGGAGAUCCCCAAAGCACGGGAAAAGGCAGAUGCGGAGGAGGACGCAGACGAUGCAGACGAUGCAGACGCAGGCUUAUCCAACUUCAAGUUGCCGGCUGUUGCCGCAGCCAAGGCUGCCCUCGAAAAGUUCGGGACUGAUUGGCAAGCUGCUGGAAUGGACUCGGUGGUUGAGGAGGUUGUGAAUCUAAUGCAGUCAGAUCCACAAAAUGCCUUCGUGCAAGAGCGCGGCUGCGAGUCGUUGCGAUACCUCUGCACCGAUGACGAGAGCCGGCAAGCUGUGGCAGCAAAGGAUGCCAUUCCAACGAUUCUGAGGUCCAUGGAGUUAAACGAGAACGAGUCCGAAGUGCAGGGAUACUGCUGUGGGACACUGGUUCAUCUGGCAGCCACGGCAUCGACUCGUCGGAGCAUCGUGCAAGCGAAGGGCCUGGAGGCGAUUCUGCGAGCCAUGCAGAUGCAUCCCAGCAAUGCCUUCGUUCAGUUCAAAGCCUGCGCGGCUUUGGCAAAUGUUGCAGCUACGAGCCAAGAACAGUCCUUGCUGGCUUCGCUGGGUGGAGGAGAGAUGGUUCUGAAAACGAUGCGCCUGCACGUGCACGAUCUCUCAGUGCUUGAAUACUGUCUGGGUGCGCUGCACAACCUGGCCACGUACCAGGGAAACCAGGCUGCCCUGCGCACGGCUGGCGCCGUUCGCGUUCUGAGAGAUGCAGUGCGGCUUCACCCACAAAACCAUCAGGUCCAACAGGUCGGGAAGAAGACCAUCCGGCUCUUGAAAGGACGUAAUGCUGCGAAAACCUUCAAAGCGAUGGUGGACGGCGCCGACCGCGACAAGGCCCUGGAGAUCGUCACUCGGCACCCGGGCAUCCUCGCUGCGGGGCCGGACGUGAAGGACAACAUGCUCCAGGCGGACGUGGCCUCGAACGCCAUCAAUGCCGCGAGGAGCUUGGGCAACUUGUUCAGAUAG